AUGGGGCCGGAGCGGGGCGCCGUGGGGCGCCCCACGGCGAAAGGGACCCCCUUGGAUUUCGGGGAGGGGACGGCGUUCCGGUUGAAGAGCGGGCGGGAGCUGACGCGGGCGCUGCUGGUGCUGUGGCUUUGCGCCUUCCCCCCGUUGGCGCGGCACGCCGGGACGAUUUUGGCAGUCACGCGACGGGUUUUGGGGGCCCGGCUGUGGGGCGGGCUGCUGCGAGCCACCUUCUACGGGCAGUUCGUGGGGGGCGAGACCCCCGCCGAGGUGGCGGCGGCGGCCGGGCGGCUGCGCGCCGUGGGGCUGCGCCCCAUGUUGGCCGUCCCCACGGAGGAAGAUGUGGGGCAGGAGAAGGACGGGGAGGAGUGGUACGAGGCCAACCGUGGGGCGGCGCUGGAAUGUGUGGGGCUGGCGGCCGCCACCGGCCCCCACCCCAUGAUGCAGCUGAAGGUGACGGCACUGAUGAGCGCCCGUCUCUGCGAGACGGUGUCGCGGCGGUUGGCGGAACCGGGGGUUGAGCUGACGCCGGAAGAGGCGGCGGCGGUGAUGGGGGGCGAGGUUCCGGAUUUCCCCUUCCUGACGCCGGCGGAGAACCGGCACUUGGGGGUCUCGCUGCGGCGCCUGGACCACGUGGUGGGGGCGGCGGCGGCGCGGGGAGUGCGGGUGCUGGUGGACGCGGAGCAGAGUUACGUCAACCCGGCUUUGAGUUUGGCGACGGCGGCGUUGAUGCGACGGCACAACGGGGGUUCGCCGUGGGUCUGGAACACCUACCAGGCUUACCUACAGGACGGGAAGAAGCGCUUGGCGGAAGACGCGGCGGCGGCGCGGCGACGGGGGGUGUGUUUCGGCGUUAAAUUGGUGCGGGGCGCGUACCUGGAGCCGGAGCGGAGGCGGGCGGAGGAAUUGGGGUACCCCGACCCGUUGCACCCCACUUUAGAAGCCACCCAUCGAAGCUAUGGGGAGUGCCUGGAGUUGGCGCUGCGGUUGGCGGCGCGGGACGGGGAGGGAGUCGGGGUGAUGGUGGCCACGCACAACGAGGCGUCGGUGCUGUACGCCACCCAAAGGAUGGAGGAACUCGGCAUCUCCCGGCGCGCCGGCGGCGUUUGCUUCGGGCAGUUGUUGGGGAUGUGCGACCACGUCUCGUUGGCGCUGGGGCAAGCGGGGUACGCGACCUACAAGUCGGUGCCGUACGGGGGGGCGGAGGCGACGUUGGCGUACCUGGCGCGGCGGGCGCAGGAAAAUCAGGGGGUGUUGGAGGGCGGUCGGCGGGAGAGGGGGCUGCUGCUCCGGGAGCUGCGCCGGCGGCUGUUGGGGCGGAUGUGA